GAAGAUUAUACUAAUUUGUGUCUGAGAAAAGAGAAGGUGUUGGCAACUACUCUGUUAAUAAUUUUAAUACAAAAAAGUAUGUGCAGGCAAAAUUAGGUCAUACAGCACAGAAAAAUUGAAGAUGGCAAUGGAGAUGAGGAGAAUUUUUCUGAGGAAAUGUAAUGGUAUUCGCUCUAUCUCUUCGUUUCAUGUAUUACAUUCUUAUUCUUCUUCACAGCGUAGUGAAGUAAAGGGUAGAGUUGGGUUAAGUAGUAGUAGCAAUUUUGAGUGCUUAGAUGAUGCUGUUACUCUCUUCCAUCAAAUGGUUACAAUGAAGCCUCUUCCUUCAGUUGUCGAUUUCUCUAAAUUGUUUAAGAAUAUGAUAAGUAUGAAGCAUUACGCUGCUGUGAUUUCUCUUUUUCGACAAAUGCAGAAAUUGGGUAUCCAAAUUGAUGGAAUCAUUUUGACUAGUGUGAUUAACAGUUAUUGCAUGAUGCAUCGUGCUGAUUGUGGAUUUUGGGUGUUAUCGAUUUACUUAAAGAGUGGUUUUGCAUUUGAUGUUGUCAUCUUUACAACCCUAAUAAGGGGAUUCUUUGCUGAAAAUAAGGUUAAAGAUGCUGUAGAAUUGUUCAAAAAAUUGGUUACAGAGGAGAUUUGUGAGCCUGAUGAAGUCAUGUAUGCAACUGUCAUGAAUGGACUCUAAAUUUUUUAAGAAUAUGAUAAGUAUGAAGCAUUACUCUGUUGUGAUUUCUCU